UCAACACGCCGUUUCAUCUUUUGUCUCUCUCUUCUUUGGACUUCUCAUUAUUUGUUGUACACUCGUUUAUGCAGGGAAGAACUUAACGUGCCGGCAUUUUAUAUCACUUUGCAACGUAAGGAGAGAAGUGCUUUUGGAGUUUUCUGCUUAUCUGGAUAACAAAAAUUAAGACUUUACUUGUGUUAUUGUGAAACAGAGAAUAAUUCAAAGUUAUAAUAAUGUUUUGGGGUCUAAAUUUAAAACCAAAUCGCAAAUACUCACAAACCACUGAAAAAUCCUUCCACAUUUCACAAGCUGCUUUAGAUUCUGAAUCUUCGCAAGGGGGGCCCACACAAAUAUGGAUCAGCAGCGAAAAUCAAAGGUUCCUUAUAUGCACAUUGCGCAAGGAAGUAUGUGAACAGGUAAUGCUUGAUUUAAAUUUCGCUGCCGGCAAUGAGAUUUGUUUCCAAAGCAUUGGCAAUGGAAAUGUGGCGUUGUCUGGCUACGUCAUUGAGGACGAUAUGAGUGAUGAUUUUAUGAAUGGCGACGAAGAGGAAGAUGAGGAAGUUGACUCCGAUGAUGAAGAAGUUGAGCAGGAUCUUCGUCAGGCUUUGAACGCCAAGAAAGCACAGAAAAACAAGAAGGCAGAGAAAGCAAAGCCUAAAGCAGUAGCUGCAAAUGAAGAAGAAGAUGAUGAUGACGAGGAUGACAGCGAUUUUGAUGCAGAAAAUCCCGGAGCGGAAGACGAUGACGCCGAGGAUGAUGACGAGGACGACGACGAAGAUGAGGACGACGAUGAUGAUGAUGAUGAUGACGACGACGAGGAGGAGGAUGAAGAUGAGUCGGAGGAUGAAGAGGUACAACAACCCAAAGCCAAACAACCUAAAUUGGAUAAGCCCGAGAAACAACAAAACGGCGUAGCCAAACAAAAGGAGCAACCCCCAACUGAGAAGAAAUCGAAAAAAGAAAAGAAAGAACAGAAACAAAAGGAGCAACAACAACAGCAGCAGCAACAGCAAAAUAAACAAGAUAAGCAACAAAAAGCUGGUGGUGAACGCUCCCUUUCUGGCGGCGUAAAAGUUGUAGACAUUCGUGUGGGCAAUGGACCAGAAGCUAAACCCGGUAAAAGUCCUCAGGUCUACUACGAAGGUCGCUUGCUUUCCAACAAUAAGGUAUUCGAUAGCGUGAAAAAAGGCACUGGCUUCAAAUUCCGGUUGGGGCGCGGUGAAGUUAUCAAAGGCUUGGAUGUCGGUGUCGUCGGCAUGAAUGUCGGUGGAAAACGUCGCAUAACUUGUCCUCCACAUAUGGCAUAUGGUUCACGCGGUUCUCCACCAACCAUACCACCUAACAGCACAUUGGUAUUCGAAGUCGAGCUUAGAGGCGUUAAUUAAUUUUAUAAGUAAUUCCAUAUACCUUUUUUAUAUCUUACCACAACCAUACACACACAUAUAUUGCAGUUUUUAAUGUAGCCUUAAAUACCAAUCCAGUUCAGCUAUAUCCUACUUACAUGUUUUACAAUUUUUAAGUAGAAUCAUGUCUUUAUAAAGAAAGGAAAUAUUUUCCAACAUAACUUCAAAAGCCCAACAUUAAUUUAAAAAAAUCCAAAAUAAUUCUCACAACUUUAAUUCUUCUCUCAAUUUUAUGCAAACAAAAGAGAAGCCACGUUUUUUCUUUUUUAUAAUAAUUUUGUUACAUUUUUCCUUAACUACGUCUGCAAAUAAUUUUUGUUUUUGUUCUAUUCUGAGUUAUCUUAGUUAUUCAUUUCUUCAAAAAAUGAACCCGUUUUCAAAAA